GCCGACCCUAGAGGCACCUUGUGUGCACAGAUCACCCUCGCUGGAGUGUGACUACAGGUUCCUGCCUGACGAGAUUUUGCUUUGCAGACAGUGGUGAACGAAAGCAGCCGACUUUUGAGGCGCCUCAAAAGCCGUUCGCUGGAGUGUGUCUACUGGUUACUGUCGGACGAAAUUUGCAGACAGUGGUGAGAGAAAGUAGCCGGCCGCCGGUCAAGGUUUAGUUUUGAGACGCCUCGAAAGUAGCCGGCCGCCAGUCAAAUACGGCUUCAAAGGAAGGCGAGGCCCUUUUGCAAUUCAAGGGGAAUAGUAGCGUGGCAUAUUAGCGUAGCCUCCCGCGCUCCGAGAUUAGCGGGGAAUAGAUUCUAGGGGCGGUAAGAAGUCUAUUUUUGAGGCGCCUCAAAAAUAGACUCCUCACGCAUGGAUUCUAUAUAGAGCGAUUCUAGGGGCGGUAAGCCAGUCGGAUACUCACGCGGCUUCGGUGUACGGCAACUGGACCACCCUCAUCCUAGCUGAAUAAUCUACGAGAAAUCUUAUUUCCAGUCUUUAUUUUUUAUGCCACGGUUCACUAGCGAGCAGCACUGUCGACUACACUAGCACGAGACCAUGAUCCAAGCGGGUGAUUAUCCCGUGCCGUCCCCUUCCCGAGACCCCAUCCAUCGCGCCUCUGCUCGGAUGUCUGAAGCCUUAUCAGUAAGAUCGGACGCCUCGUCACGAAGAACGAACCUCGAAGCCUCAGCUUCGUCUGCAUGGCACAGGAAUGGGCAUUUCAAUUAUAAUCUCUCUGUAAAUCGACGGUGUUUCCCAGGGUCCGACCAGCGGGCUAUAGAAUCGAAGAAAGAGAGUCAGCGGAAAGCCGCUUACCCAUGUCGCCUCGACGUCCUCGUAUUUACGUACGCGUUAAUCUGCACCGCCUUUUCCCAGCCGCUAGCCGCAGCGGCCGCCAUUCCGGCGGGAAACACGGCUGCAGCUGACGUGGCAGCCGCGCAAGUGGCGGCGGCGGCAGAGGCAGCGGAUGCGGAAGGGGCGGCAAUGGCGGCGAGUUUCGGGUGGCACGGGGACCCACUGGCGCAUUUGGACGGUAGCGAGGGGGCGGCGUUCGUUGCGCCGUGUUUGCCGUCCGGGCUGGCGGGAUUCAGCCACUCGGUUAUUCUGUCGGAGAGCGGCCUCAUCCUGCACUGGGUGCGCCGCAACCUCUUGUUUAUGGAGUUCGCCCUCGAAGCAAGAUUCGGCAGCGGCGCAGAGAACGGGUGGAUCGCCGUGGGGUGGUCGCACGACGGCAGGAUGGUCCCCAGCUUGGCUAUAGUCGGCUCCCCGGCCGGCAUUGCCGCCCCUUCCCGGGCUCCGGGCGGCAGAGGGACCGGUCCGGGCGGCAUGGCUGGCGUGGCGGCGUAUGCUAUUAGCGGGUAUAGGAGGGAAGAUGCGAGGCAAUUGGUGGGGGGAGAGGGGAGUGGGGAGAAGGGGAGGAGAGUGGAGAGGAGGGGUGGAGCAUUUACACGUCAGCACGAGGGUCUACUGUGAUGCGCUUCUCUCGGAGCCUCCUCUCCAACCCGCCCGUCCUCAAUACAAGCGCAUCCGUUAUAAGCACGAAAUACGACCAGCACCCCUCUAGCGAGCCGACGUACAGCAUGAGCCACCAUGUGAUCUGGGCCCACUCCGACCGUCAGGAGGACGCUCUGCGAUACCACGGCAGGAGCAGGGGCUCGAUCUUCGUCGACUACAUGUGCGAGCUGCUCGCCUCCCCUGCCAGGCUGGCCUGCCAGCCGUCCUCCCUGCCGGGCUACAGCUGCAUGCUACAGCUGCAGGGAGACAGCUUCACUCUCCACUGGCAUCUCACCCCCUCCUCCCUCCUCCUCGCUGCUGACGUGGCAACCUCUGGUUGGGUCGCCGUCGGCUGGUCCAAGGACGGCAAGAUGGCUGGCAGUGAGGCAGCCAUUGGGAACCUGCCACGUGGCAGCAGCAGCAUGAAGACAGGUGGCGGUGCUGACGUGUCAGGGAAGGAGGAGCAGCAGGCUGUGGGAUCGUUCCUGAUUGGUGGAUACGAGAGAAGCGCCAUCCGCUCGACUCUGAAGUUCACUGUGACUAAUGCGAGUGUGACAACGACGACCAAAGGAAGGACUGUAAUGAAGUUUGAGCGGCCAAUAGUGAACGGCGAGCUGCCCCUCUCCUCUGCUGACGUGGCAACCAUCAUCUGGGCGUACUCCGAUGCAGAUUCCAGGAAACUCACUUUCCACGGAAACAACAGGGGAUCGGUGGCCAUCAAUCUCAUCACAGGGGAGUCAAUCACCGCCUCUCCCUCCCCCUCCGCCUCCUCCUCCUCCUCGUCCUCUCCCCCCUUCAGCAAGCCGGCCAUCAUAGCCCAUGCCAUCCUCCUCAUCGCCGCUUUCCUCGUCCUCUUGCCAUCCGCCAUCCUCGUCGCUCGCAUAUGCCUCGUGAACCUUCCUGGAAACGACGGUAAUUACCAUACCACUACCACUACCACUACCAGCAGCAGCAGCAGCAGCACCAGAGGCAGCAACAGUGGCUUUGGCAAAGUCACAUUGGCUGGAUUCAUGCACACUGGGCCACUUCGGCUUGCUGAAGCCAAUGCCCAGCUGGACGCCAGCAUGGCUAGUUUCUCCCCAGCUGAGUCAGCCUCCUCGAAUGCUGACAUGGCAGGCUCACUAGGUGCCACAUCAGCACAGGCAGCCCAGCAGCAGCAGGAGGAUGGGCAGCUGCAGCAGAGCCGAGCAUUCUGGUUCACAUGGCACAAGUACCUGCAAGUGGCCGCUCUUGUCUGUAUCUGCAUCGGGUGCAUCACGGCAUUCGUCUCAUCUGGGUCUCACGGCUUCAGUCACUCCCAUGCGUGGGUCGGCAUUGCCGUUCUCGUUCUUCUCCUCGUCUUCCAGCCACUCAUUCUUUGCCUCCGGCCACCCAGAAAUCGGAAUGAAAGCAGCAUCGACCAAUGGUGCUUCACCGCGUGGACAAAGAGCACAUGGCGCUGGGUGCACUGGACGGUUGGGAUCACAUCGUUGGUGAUGGGAUGGGCCAACAUAUUUUUGGGGAUGAACCUCUAUUUCAACUUCAUCGGAAACGACCCAUUUGGCCUUGAAGCGUUUUUAGGCAUCAUUAUGGCGGUAUUUGUGAUCGUGUAUAUGCUCUUCGUAUGUCGUGAUAAGCUUGAAAAACGCAAAUCGGAAGGGCCUCAGUUUAGUGUCUACGCUAGCAUAGCAUAAUAGUUCCCCCUAUACUUGAUUUGACAUGUUUUGUUGAAUUGUAAUUCUUACAAUGU